CGCCGCUGAUACACACGGAGCGCAGACGCCCAGCAUCUCCCGGCAGAGAUGAGCGAUCAGCCCGGGCUCCUGCGGCCGGACACCGGGGAGAAGCUGAUCCUCUACCACUGGACGCACUCGUUCACAUCGCAGAAGGUGAGGCUCGUCGUAGCAGAAAAGUCUUUGAAGUGUGAAGAGCACGAUGUCAGCCUUCCACUCAGCGAGCACAAUGAGCCCUGGUUCAUGCGGCUCAAUCCCUCCGGAGAAGUUCCAGUUCUGGUUCAUGGAGAAAAUAUCAUCUGUGAGGCUACACAGAUCAUCGAUUAUCUGGAACAGACAUUUACUGACGAGAAAACACCAAGACUGGUCCCAAGUGAAGGAAGCGUCUACUACAUCCGAGUACAGCACUACCGGGAGCUGCUUGACUCCCUGCCGAUGGAUGCGUAUACUCAUGGCUGUAUCCUGCACCCAGAGCUGACAGUGGAUUCCAUGAUACCGGCAUAUGCAACGUCUAGAAUUCGCAGUCAGAUUGGCAGUACUGAAUCUGAACUCAAGAAGCUUGCUCAAGAAAACCCUGACCUUGAAGAUGCCUACAUUGCAAAACAAAAACGCCUGAAAACGAAACUGAUGGAGCAUGACAACAUAAAGUACUUGAAGAAAAUACUGGAUGAGCUGGAAAAAGUUCUGGACCAGGUCGAAACUGAAUUGCAAAGACGAAGUGAAGAAACGCCAGAAGAAGGGCCGGGCAGCCAGUCAUGGCUGUGUGGACAGUUUUUCAGCCUGGCAGACGUAUCGUUAGCUGUCACUCUGCACCGAUUGAAGUUCCUUGGAUUUGCUCGAAGAAACUGGGGGAAUGGAAAACGUCCUAAUUUGGAGGCAUAUUAUGAAAGAAUCUUGCAAAGGAAGACUUUCAGUCAAGUUCUUGGAAAUGUUAAUAACAUUUUAAUCUCUGCUGUAUUGCCGACUGCAUUCCGCGUGGCCAAAAAACGAGCCCCUUCUAUUCUGGGCACUACCGUCAUGAUGGGAUUGCUGGCGGGUGCAGGCUACAUUUGUUUCCUCUGCGUUAGAAAAAGACUUUUUAAUGCAUUCUCAUCUAUUAGGUCAAAACACUUUUUUUAGUUGACCUUAAAGGGGAUGUCUCACUUCAGCAAAUAGCAUUUAUCUCGAUCAUUAGAGAAAGUUAA